AUGGUAGGGGAUGGAGUUAGACCUGACAGCUUGACUUUUACUGCCUCCUCGCUUAAGGCGUGCGCAAGCACGUUGGACUUGGAAAAUGGUGAAGAAAUUUGGUAUAAGGCGGUUGAUUGCGGGUAUGAAUGUGAUGUGUUUGUUGGAUCAUCCGUUUUGAGUUUGUACGCGAAGAGCGGGAAGAUGGAUGAAGCAGUGUUGGUAUUUAAGAAAAUGCCCAGAAAGGACCUUGUUUGUUGGACAACAAUGCUAACAGGGUUUGUGCAGAUUGGGAAGCCAAUAGAAGCAGUUGAGAUGUUUAGGGGCAUGCAACGUGAGGGAAUCGAAUUUGAUGGGGUUGGUGCAGGCUUGUGCAAAUCUUGGGGACUUGAGACUGAGUCUUUCCGUUCAUGGGUUUAUGAUUCGGAGAGGUCUUCGUAUGGAUGUUAUGGUUCAAACCAGCCUUGUGCAUACGUAUGCGAAGAACGAACAUUUGGAGCUAGCUUCUCAGGUGUUCGAUAUGAUGCCUUGCAAGAAUACUAUUUCUUGGGGUGCUUUGAUUUCCGGCUUUGCUCAAAAUGGUUUCGCAGGGCGUGCACUCGAAAUGCUGGUAGAUAUGCAGGGCAGCGGAUUUGA